GACUAGCACCACGCGUGCUGAAAUAAAGGGCGUUUCUCCGUGCGGCCCUGACGCGUCGGCAGGUGUAUGGCCCGUGGUGACCCUCGUGUGGGCUGCACGGUAGCUGUGGCUAGGUUGGGACGUGCUGCUGCUGUGACCUGAGUCGCGAUGUGUGUGGGACAGUCUGAUCCCUCUCGGCCCCGGGGGGUCGGUGUGGUGGGCCCCAACCACAGGUGCAGGGGUUCAGUCAGUUAGCUGGCCUUUUCUCUCCAAGCCGUAGUGGUAGGGUACUGAUGGGCCGCCGGGCUGGGCCUGUUCAUCUUUCAGGCCUAGACUUUCCUGUUAUGCAUCAGCGACAAGUUGGAUGGGAGGCUCUGGGACUCUGCGGUUCUGUCCGGGGCAUGCUCGAGCUCCAGGGCUCGGAGGACGGGGUAGGAGUGAACAAAGCUGGCCACAGGCCUCCCUGGUCUGGCAUCUUCACCAGCCCGAGAUACAUGUCACAGAGCAAGCACACAGAGGCACGGGAGCUCAUGUGCUCAGGGGCGCUGCUGUUCUUCAGCCACGGCCAACAAAACAGUGCUGCGGACUUGUCCAUGCUGGUCUUAGAGUCACUGGAGAAGGCUGAAGUCGAGGUGGCCGAUGAGCUGUUGGAAAAUCUGGCUAAAUUGUUCAGUUUGAUGGACCCAAAUUCUCCAGAGCGGGUGGCUUUUGUGUCUCGAGCCCUGAAGUGGUCCAGUGGAGGAUCUGGGAAACUGGGUCACCCUCGGCUCCACCAACUGCUGGCCCUCACCCUGUGGAAAGAGCAGAACUAUUGUGAGUCCCGGUACCACUUCCUGCACUCUGCGGAUGGCGAAGGCUGUGCCCACAUGCUGGUGGAGUACUCGACCUCCAGAGGCUUCCGCAGCGAGGUGGACAUGUUCGUGGCCCAGGCGGUGCUACAGUUUCUCUGUUUAAAAAACAAAAGCAGUGCGUCAGUGGUUUUCACAACGUACACGCAGAAACACCCAUCCAUUGAGAACGGCCCUCCAUUCGUGCAGCCCCUGCUCAACUUCAUCUGGUUUCUGCUGUUGGCUGUAGACGGAGGCAAACUGACGGUGUUCACAGUGUUGUGUGAGCAGUACCAGCCGUCCCUCCGGCGGGACCCAAUGUACAAUGAGUACCUCGACAGGAUAGGGCAGCUGUUCUUCGGUGUGCCACCCAAGCAGACGUCGUCCUACGGGGGCUUGCUAGGGAACCUUCUGAGCAGCCUCAUGGGCGCCUCGGAGCAGGAGGGCGAGGACAGUCAGGACGACAGCAGCCCCAUUGAGCUCGACUGACCCCGUCCACCUGGCCUGCAUGAAGACGCCCCGACCCCGGGCCCUCACACUCGGGGCUCCCAUUUGUGAGGUGGUGGUAGCCGCGUCAGCAUUUGCGUGCCGGCUCGGGGCCGCGCGGCGUGCUGCGGCCGUGCUGGCUGGGCUGCACGCGCAUCUUCAGACUGCCCCACAAUAAAGCACAGGCCUUGCCGCGCUA